AUGUCGGCCUCUCUCGCCGCGGUCAUGGGAGCGCACUGGGCACGCUGGCAAAGGACCCGUCGACUCAUGCGUGCCCUACGAAUCCGCGGUUCACUGAGGGAACGCAACUAUGUUCGCACGGUAUCCCUCGUGACGUACCAAGAAGAUACACCAUGGUACACAAUGUAUGCCACCAGGGACUCGCCAUCGUUCAUAUCGACGGUAUCUUUGACACCAGACGCCUUCGACAUCCUCCUUACUCAGUUCAAGAAGCAUUAUGUUGUCAAGUCUCUCCCCUACCGCAGUGGGCGCCCACCACGCAUACCGCACAAACAUGCUGUGCUGGCCAUGAUCCUGCACUUCUACACCGCCGCUGUUGAAGCAAAGACACUGCAAAAACUGUUCGGCUUAUCCAAGACAACGUUCUCAAGAGUGCUUCGUCGAGCCGAAGUCGCACUGUCUCGUGCUCUCAGUGGCAUGCGCGACGCACGCAUUUCGUGGCCGACCAAGGCGACGCAGGCGUUAUGGGCGCGCAAGACCCAAGAGAGAGAACCGUUGGUCUCUGGAUGGUUGCAUUCUGUGUUUGUGUCUGGUGUCUUGUGCUUUGGUUUGGACGGGACGUUGAUUUGGGGGCGUCACAAUUGUCCGGGCUCAUGGAAUGACGGCGAAAUGAGCCGUCGUUUGCAAGAAAUCCUUGCCGACAACGACAAGGUUGGCCACGGUAUGAAGCUUGCAUCCGACUCAGCUUUUCCUGUCGGGGGUCGUUGCGCUGGAAAGAUUGUGACACCCUUAAAGGAAGGCGAUUUAGAAAGGCUGCUGAGUGGGUUAUGGGUGCAGUACCUAAAGUGUACUGCCAACUACUGCUACCUUUACCCUACGAUCCACUCAAGCGGCAAAUGA